AUGACCUACGCAACAUUCAACCAGGACGCAACAUGUUUGGCGGUCGCGUCGAACCAGGGCUACGGGGUGUUCAACUGUAGUCCGUUUGGGCAGAGCUACAAGACCAAAGAGAGUGCAAUUGGCCAGGUUGAAAUGCUGUUUUCGACGUCCCUGGUCGUCCUGGUGUGCCAGGGCGAACAUGCGGCGGCUUCCCCACGCAAGAUCAAGAUCGUUAAUACCAAGCGGAACGCUACCAUCUGUGAGCUCACGUACCCGACGUCUGUGUUGAAGGUUCGAAUGAAUCGAGAGCGUCUGAUCGUGGUGCUGGAGGAUCAGAUAUACAUCUACAACAUCUCGAACAUGAAGCUGCUGCAGGCGCUCAAGACUCCGCUGAAUCGGUAUGGGAUUGCUGAUCUUUCGAGCACUGGUGACGCUUCUAUAUUAGCAUACCCGUCCGGGUCGCCUGCCACGCACACUUUAGCUGCGACCACCAAGCCGGUGCCAUCGACCGAAGUUACCCUUUACGACUGCACGAACAUGGCUCCCUUGAACGUUGUGAAGGCCCACAAAUCCCCGCUAGCGGUGCUUAAAUUAUCGCAUGACGGCACCAUGCUUGCCUCUGCCUCCGAAAAGGGCACUAUAGUCCGGGUUUUUGCCGUUCCCUCGGGCACUCUUCUCCACCAAUUCCGCCGGGGCACCUACCCUUCCCGCAUUUUCAGCAUCGCUUUCAACUCACCGUCCACCCUGCUAGCUCUCAGUUCGGCCACAUCCACUGUGCAUAUUUAUCGGCUCAAGGAGUCUAGUUCGACCACAAAUACCGAAGACUCACUAGAACUGAGCCCGGACUCGUCGUCGACCUCCCCGCCACCCCAUGUCGAGACUUCGCAAACACAAGAACCAGAAAAGAAAAAAGGAUAUGCGGCUAGUUUGAGGAGGAAGGUUGAUCGUGCCCAAAAAAUGCUCCCCAGUGCUGUUUCGGACAUGUGGGAAUCCAACACCCGAGAUUUCGCCUGGUUCAAAAUACCGGGCGGUAGUAGCGGCCUCUCAAUUGUUGCCUUUCCCCAGCUUCCGAACUUGAUUUAUGUUGCCACUAGCAGUGGUUCGUUUUGCCACUAUGCCAUAAAUAUGGAAAAGGGUGGUGAGUGUUCCCGCGUCGCGGAGUAUACAGUGUAA